CUAGAGAGGACUACUUAGUUCUAUAGAGGAUUCCUAGAGAGGACUACUUAGUUCUAUAGAGGAUUCCUAGAGAGGACUACUUAGUUCUAUAGAGGAUUCCUAGAGAGGACUACUUAGUUCUAUAGAGGAUUCCUAGAGAGGACUACUUAGUUCUAUAGAGGAUUCCUAGAGAGGACUACUUAGUUCUAUGAGAACCUAAAUCAUAUAGCACAUACGAAAAGACGUGGGCUCACUAUUACCACAAAGGAAGCAUGUCGUUUAGGAAAGGUGUGUCGAUCAAUCCCUCCCUCCCUCUGGGAAGUAGCUGUAUGUUCCUCAGUAUUGCCACACAAGCUCUACCAACAGUGAGCUGGCCAGCACACAACUGGUUGGAGUUAGACUGAUUUUUGAAUAGUACUCGGUCAGGUAAUGUGUAUUUAUCAAGAUGAUGAAUAAGGGCGUUUGACAUAUCUUUUUAUAUUCCCGAUCACGCUUUCAUUCUCAAUACUGCACUAGUAUGCACAUUCCACAGGAGAUGGGCUUAGUAGUGAGUUGACCCAAUUGUAAUCUGGCGUGCCUGUCUGGUGUGUCUGUGAGGAACAUUAGUCUAUAUCACCAAAUACACCAGGGUCCCCUGACCUGAAGCCUGUUCAUAUCUGAUGCUCUUUCAGAAGAGAGAGUACCACCGCACUGUGGCUGGAGAUUUUGUUUUAAGGAAGAGAACCCCCACCGUUUGGAAAAGGGUCUCCUAGAGAAUGCUUUGGGGAUGACCUGCUGGGAGAGCAGCACCUUGCUGGACUACCCGUGUGACUCCAGAGAACCAUCUUCCGUCACCACCUCUGUCCUUCUGCAAGUCCUAUAGAGAGCCCCAGGAUUUAGAGCGUAAGCGUUGUUGGGGGGGUGGGGAGGGCAGGGGGCUGGUGGAUGGGUAAAGGCACAUAUCCCUGUCUGCCAGAGAGCCACCCACCCACACUGAUGGUGUCCCCUGCCUAUGUUGCUCCCACCACCCCUUGGCAAUGGUGACAUGAGUACGUGAUGUGGAGGAGCCUAUUGUAUUUUUGAGGAAGAAUCUCUACCACCUACCAUUACAUUUGGAUUGUUUUCGCCGUACACUCUGGGACUGAGUCUGUGCGGGGUGAUGUUGCUGCCGUCAUGCGGUCGCCUCCGGCGGCUCUUCCGUCAGUCUCACUCCCUCACUCUCCAGACCAGCCUCCUGCUCCUCUUCCUCUUCUGCAUGGUGAGCGUCUUGGUCUCCGCCUACUUCCUCUACGGAGUCAAGCGGGAGCUGGAACCGGCGGCGGGGGGCAUGGGAGGGCCGGAGGAGGGCACUGCUGACUGGGACGACCGUCGUGCCGCCACACCCUCCACCUCCUCCCGGGCGCUCCCUCCACACACGGCCAGGCCCUCAGAUGUAUUGCGCACUGACCCUGUGGUGCUGGUGUUUGUGGAGAGUCUAUACUCCCAGCUGGGACAGGACAUUGUGGCCAUCCUGGAGUCUGGCCGCUUCCUCUACCGAACCGAGAUGGCCCCGGGAAAGGGGGACAUGCCCACCCUGACAGACAAGGACAGAGGCCGUUUCACGCUGGUCAUCUAUGAGAACAUCCUGAAGUAUGUCAACCUGGACGCUUGGAACAGAGACCUGCUGGACAAGUACUGUGUGGAGUAUGGAGUGGGUAUCAUAGGCUUCUUUAAGGCCAAUGAGAACAGCCUACUUAGUGCCCAGUUGAAGGGCUUCCCCCUCUUCCUCCAUUCCAACCUGGGCCUGAGGGACUGCAGUGUCAACCCCAAGUCCCCCCUGCUCCUCAUCACUAAGGCCCGGGAGGUGGAGCGAGGCCCCCUACCCGGAGAUGACUGGACUGUCUUCCAGUCCAACCACUCUACCUACGAGCCUGUUCUCUUAGCCAGGACCCGGGUACCUGACCUGGGUAUGUCUGGGGUGGGUAGCAGCCCCCUCCAUGCCUCUGUUGUCCAGGAUCUGGGGCUUCACGACGGCAUCCAGCGAGUGCUCUUCGGCAACAACCUCAACUUCUGGCUGCACAAGCUGGUGUUUGUGGACGCUGUGGCCUUCCUUACGGGCAAGAGGCUGUCUCUGUCUCUAGAUCGCUACCUGCUGGUGGACAUCGAUGACAUCUUCGUGGGCAAGGAGGGCACCCGCAUGAAGGUCUCAGAUGUCAAGGCCCUACUGGAGACCCAGAAUGACCUCCGAACCUCCGUCCCCAACUUCACCUUCAACCUGGGCUUCUCUGGGAAGUUCUUCCAUACUGGUACAGAUGAGGAGGACCUGGGAGAUGACCUGCUCCUCUCCUAUGGGAAGGAGUUCUGGUGGUUCCCCCACAUGUGGAGUCACAUGCAGCCCCACCUCUUCCACAACCAGUCGGUGCUAGCUGAACAGAUGCUCCUCAACAGGAGGUUUGCACAGGAGCAUGGCAUCCCCACCAACAUGGGCUACGCGGUGGCUCCCCACCACUCUGGGGUGUACCCCGUCCACGUCCAGCUGUACGACGCUUGGAAGAAGGUGUGGGGCAUCAAGGUGACCAGCACGGAGGAGUACCCCCACCUCAAACCUGCCCGCUUCAGACGAGGCUUCUACCACAGUGGCAUCAGUGUGCUGCCGAGGCAGACGUGUGGCCUGUUUACUCACACUAUCUUCUACAACGAGUAUCCUGGAGGACCCAAGGAGCUGGACAAACUCAUCAAUGGCGGGGAGCUCUUCCUCACAGUGCUCCUCAACCCGAUCAGCAUCUUCAUGACCCACCUGUCCAACUACGGCAACGACCGUCUGGGUCUGUACACCUUUAGGAACCUGGUGAAGUUCCUCCAGACAUGGACUAACCUGCGGCUGCAGACCCUGGCGCCUGUGCAGCUGGCCCAGCGUUACUUGCAGAUCUUUCCAGAGGAGAGGGACCCCAUCUGGCAGGACCCCUGUGAGGACAAAAGGCACAAAGACAUCUGGUCCAAAGAGAAGACAUGCGACCGAUUCCCUAAGCUGCUCAUAAUUGGACCACAGAAGACAGGCACCACAGCCCUGUAUCUGUUCCUAGGGAUGCAUCCUGAUCUGACCAGUAACUACCCCAGCAAGGAGACAUUUGAGGAGAUCCAAUUCUUCAGUGGCCACAGCUACCACAGAGGCAUCGACUGGUAUAUGGAGUACUUUCCACUACCCUCCAACACCAGCUCAGACUUUUACUAUGAGAAGAGUGCCAACUACUUUGACUCGGAGGUGGCUGCACGGCGGGCGGCUGCCCUUCUGCCCAAGGCCAAAAUAAUCACCAUCCUCAUCAACCCUGCAGACAGGGCAUACUCAUGGUACCAGCACCAACGUGCCCAUGACGACUCCGUCGCCCUGAAGUAUACUUUCCAUGAUGUCAUCACUGCUGGCCAUGACGCCCCCAUCAAGCUGCGGGUGCUCCAGAACCGCUGUCUGGUGCCGGGGUUCUACGCCACCCACCUGGACCGCUGGCUUAGCCACUACCACAUCAGCCAGAUCCUGGUUCUGGAUGGUCAGGUGCUGAGGACAGAGCCUGCUGCAGUGAUGGACAAGAUCCAGAAGUUCCUUGAGCUGACAAACACACUGAACUACCACAAUAUUCUAGCGUUUGAUCCCAAAAAAGGGUUCUGGUGCCAGUUGUUAGACGGAGGAAAGACCAAAUGUCUGGGCAAGAGUAAAGGACGGAGAUACCCCGACAUGGACACAGAUUCUCGCUCCUUCCUUCGGGAGCACUACAGGGACAACAACAUAGAGUUGUCCAAGCUGCUCUAUAAGAUGGGCCAGCCUCUGCCCAGCUGGCUCAGGGAGGAGCUGCUCCACACCAGGUAGCCUCAGCACGGCCGUGGACACGAGGACAGAGACACCACCCCAACCUGACCCUCCUGUCCCCCACAGAGGGGGAUGCAUGUGCUCGCCCCUCGGCUCCAGCUAUUCACCGCCAUGCGGACUGACCAGGAGCUGAGGAAGGCAUGAGAGACAGGCCCCCCCCAUGCCAAGUCAGCCCAGCUGUUCCCAGUGGCCCCCAGGGACCCUAGCAUGGGGUGUGGGCCCUCAGGGGGGAGAAGAGGCAAAGGUGAAGGAGAGACAUGAACUGAGUUUCGGAUUGUUCUACUUCCUUCUCAGAGAGAAUGACACUGGGGCAAAGAGAGAAGAGGGAGGGAUCCCUCAACGGGGACUGAUGUUAUUGUUCCAUCACUGAAGUUUGCACUCUCUCAGACAGACAAGGAAGACGACGUCAUUUCUCUGUGCCUGUCAUGAACAAUACAUUAGCCAAUAAUGGAUAUUCAAGUGCCAGAGUGGAAUGUUCAUUUGAAAGUAUUUCUGAAUUUAUAUUUUCAUAAUUAACACUCAUAUACUGCUGGAUGUCUGUAUUUGUUUUCGAGGUGUUGUGGUUGCACAACGCAUCUGUCGAGCCUUGUAUGUUCUUUUUAACUGUUCCAUGUUUUUAAUCUGUGUUCAUCUGAAAACCUAACUGGAGCCCAUGUAUUGCUACCACAUACCACGCUGACCCUUGACCUUUAUCAACUCAAAUUAUAUUUGGUUGUCUGAGACCUUCAAUUGAAUGAAUUCACAGUGGAUUAAAAACGGUAAAAUCCAUAAUGAUAUACGAGACAAGCUGGCCUUGCCUUGGUCAGUGGAAUGUUCCCGCUUGUCCUUGGUUGUAACUUCCUUUAAUAAUGAAAUAUUGAAACCCAUUCCUAAAUACAGCUGAUCCUACCAUGUCUGUAGAGUACACUGCAAACUGAACCUAAAUGUGACGUGAGAAAUGUAGCUGCGUGUUAAAUAACUUUCAGGUAGACAUUGCAAUUUAUCACUGAGGAGAUGCACAUCAUCAUCGUCAUCCGAUC